GAAAGGCGUGCAAUCAGGCGCGGAUUUAGACUAGGUCAACCCUGUCACGCGACCUAGUAAAAAAAUGCCGAGGAUUGAAAUCGAAUUCUGUCGAAUUUACCCGGAAUCUGAAGAUCGAAAUAUUUCUCCUUGUUUUCUCAUAACGCGAAUUGGAUCAACCUAUGUUGACCUGACCUGUGUUAGCCAGUCUUGGCUCUAGGUUAUCCCGCGAGGCUUUUACCGUCGACUAGAAUCAAACCUAUGUGGGCCCGACCUAUUUUGAGUCAGAAAUUUUGAAGUCAGCCCAGUCUUGGCUCUAGGUUAUCCCGCGAGGCUUUUACCGUCGACAAGAAUCAAACCUAUGUUGGCCUGACCUAUUUUUAGUCAGAAAUUUUGAAGCCAGCCAGUCUUGGCUCUAGGUUAUCCCGUGAGGCUUUCACCAUACACUAGAGUCAACCUAUCUUGGCCUGACCUAUUUUUAGUCAGAAAUUUUGAAGCCAGCCAGUCUUGGCUCUAGGUUAUCCCGUGAGGCUUUCACCGUUGACUAGAAUCAACCUAUGUGGGCCUGACCUAUUUUUAGUCAGAAAGUUUUAAACAAACCUGUCAAAAUUUGUAGCAUGUUGGUAUAAAUAUAAGUAAGGCAUGCGGAAGAUUCUUUCCGUUCUCAACAUGGCUUGCAAGAGCUUGAGAGAGCGUGUGGAGUUAGUUUUUGAAAACGAAAAUUUUGAUGAGCUACCUCAAAUUUACGCCGAAUUAAAUAAAAAGUUUAAAUGUAAUUCUGUUUUGCCAUCUACUGACGUGUUGCAAAAACAACUUACUUUUGGUUUUAUCCAAAGAAAUUGCCAUGCAGAAUACUACCUUCCUGCCUAUGUGAAAGCAAAGAAGGAUGGUUGCGCAAUUACGUUGAAGUCUCAGGUCAAUGGAAAUUGCCUGUACAGUUCUAUGGCGUUGUGUUUGUUUGGGAAAAAUGUGAUGGUUGACGACUUACGAAUUCUUGUGUCAGUGGAGCUAAUGAUGAAUGCUAGCUUUUACUGUAAGCAUCCUCUAUUUUCUUCUAUCCUUGCUCUUCCAGAAAGUCUCUUUAAAUCUAUGGAAGAUAUUCUCAAUAUGUCUGUCUGCAAUUCUGCAUUUAACACAGACAAAAAACAAGAAGACUUAGUUAAGGAGGUAGCCAUUUUAAAUUUAGUAGAUCGGAAAUAUUGUUCCUUUCUUGCUAUGCUUGCUCUGUCAUCUGUCACAAACAGGAAUAUAUUUUCUUAUUACCCAGAUUAUGGAUGCAAAAAAGCUCAAAUGUUGUUUAACCAAUUAAUAGAGCCUAGACAACCAAGCUCUGCUUUUGCUAUUCACAUUUUGUUUUGCUAUGAGGGCUUACUUCCAUCCAGAGAAAAUUUUGCACCUAAUCAUUUCGUUCCAAUUAUUUUUAAGCAGAUACAUAAACGCAAGUCAGGUUCAGCUGCGGACACAAAAGUUUUAUCUCCUCCUGUGAAAAGGCAAACAAGGUUUUUUCCGGAUGCACAGGCAACAGGGAAAUUAUCUCUUGUAAAACCUGUGAUUAAAGAUAAACAGUUUAAUUUCUUUCCUAAUAAAGCUUCCUUUAACAAUAAACUAACUGAAGAUUAUAAAGAUAGUAACAAUAAUAGCACAUCUGCUGAAGAUUUUAAUAACAAUGACAAAGCUUUAAAUGAUAUUUCCUUUGCUACUGUUUUAAAUUUUGAACAUCAAUAUGACGUUGCCUCUUUCCUUUCUAAAGUUUCAGGUCUAAAUGAUAAAGGUGUACACAACCUAAUCACCAAUGUUUUUGUGCCCGAUAAAUCUUUUAUUUUUCCUAAAAAAAGUGGGCGUUCCUUUCGGCAUGAAUGGCUAAAGACCUUUUUAUGGCUUAAAUAUUCACCAACUUUGGAUGGAGCAUUUUGUUUGCCAUGUAUCCUUUUUGGUCACAAGGUUGCUAACAAAACUUCUAAGUUACAGAAAUUGCUUUCUCAACCUUUUCGACAUUGGCCAGCUGCCAAAAACUUUUUUAAACAACAUGAAACAUCAAAAAAUGGUUUACAUAUUCAAACCAGCCUAACUUUUAGUGCAUUUGUGAAGAAUUUUUUAGGACAAACUCAACCAAUCAGUGUAAUCAUAGAUUCCAACUACAAAAAACAGGUUGCUGAUAAUCGAAAGUUCUUAACACCAAUUGUUGACACCAUAAUUUUAUGUGGUCGUGUUUGUAUUCCUCUUCGUGGCCACAGGGAUGAUAGUAAAUAUCAUCCUGAAGUUGGAAAUUUUUCAACUGGUUCAACUGGCAAUUUUAUUGAUCUUUUAAAUUACAGAGUACGUGGUGGAGACACAACCCUUGAAAAUCAUCUUCUAAAAUGUAAUAAGAAUUCUUCUUAUAUUUCUAAAACUUCACAGAAUGAAAUAAUUAAUUGUUGUGCAGAUAUAAUCACAGAAAAUAUUGUUUCUGAAGUUAAGAAAAACAAGUUUUUUACGAUUAUAGCUGAUGAAGCAUCAGAUACAUCCAAUAAAGAGCAGUUAUCAUUAGUUUUACGCUAUGUAGAUAGCAAUUUUGACAUUAAAGAAGAUUUCAUUCGAUUUCUUCACUGUAAGGAAGGUUUAUCUGGAAGUGCUCUUGCUUCCAUUAUUCUCAAAGCUCUAAGUGAUGACCUAGUUCUAAAUGUUCAAGACUGUAGAGGCCAGGGUUAUGAUGGGGCUGGCGCUGUGGCUGGUAGAAUUAAUGGUCUUUCUGCUCAUAUUUUGAGAAUCAACAGGAAGGCUAUUUAUACUCAUUGUCAUAGUCAUCGCCUCAACCUCUGUAUAUGUGCCUCUUGUUCAGUCCAAACAAUUAGAAAUGUGCUUGAUAACAUAAAAGAGAUUUCCUAUUUUUUUAAUUUUUCCCAAGUAAGGGAAGACAUGUUUGUGAAAAAUAUUAAAUUGUAUGCUCCUGAUUCCUUAAAAAAUAAGCUUAAGGAUGUUUGUCGCACAAGGUGGAUUGAACGUGUUGAAGGUAUGGAUACAUUCCAAGAACUUUAUGUCCCUCUUGUUUUCACUCUUGAGGAGAUGUUUGUUCAAAGGCAAUGCAAUAUUGACACAUCAUCAAAAGCCUUGUCCUUAUAUAAAUUAAUUACAAGUUUUGAUUUUAUUAUUACAAUGGUAAUUACUCGGUCUUUAUUUGAUAUAACACUGCCAGUAACACGAAUGCUUCAGAGCAAAUCCAACGAUAUUUUUGAGGGACUUCAUAUGAUUGAUGCUCUUAAAAGUGCAGCCAUGGCUACACGAAAUGCAGUUGAUGCCUACCAUGAAAUGUGGUAUGAGAAAGCUGUAUCUCUAGCUCAAAAAGUAUGUGUUACUCCUACAAAACCUAGAACUUGUGGACGUCAAAAAAACAGAUCUAACAUUCCUGCUGAAAACAUUUCGGAUUAUUUUAAAAGGACAACAAAUAUUCCAUUGUUGGACCAUUUAAAUUCUGAAUUGAAGUUACGUUUUGACAUAUCUACUGUGACUUCUUAUCAGGGCUUGUCAAUUAUUCCAUCUAAGAUGAUGUUUUUAGUUAGUAAACAUGGUCUAUUGGGAUGGAAAGACAAGUUUACAGCUUUUUGUAGCUUUUAUUCUGAUGACAUGCCAAACUUUUUAGCUCUUGAUGCUGAGCUAGAUCUCUGGCAUAAGUACUGGGAGAUGCAGGAUAGUUAUCCUGAUAAUAUUUCAGCCACUCUUAAAGCAAUUCCAUCAUUACAAUUUGACAAUUUGACUGUAGCCUUAAGAAUUCUUGCCACAUUACCAGUGACAUCCUGCGAAUGUGAACGCUCUUUCUCUGCAAUGAGAAGGCUUAAGAACUACAAUCGCAGUACAAUGGUGGCAGAUAGGUUAAAUGGCUUAGCUUUGUUACAUAUACACAAAGAAUUUGUACCAUCCACCUCAUCAGUCAUCAAUAAGUUUGCUGUUAAAAACAGGAGAUUGGAUUUUAAGUAAAAUGUUUAAAUCAAUUAUUUUUCUAUGUAGCCUCAAUAUAUACUCAUAUUGUUUAUAUCUAAAGUUAAAAUUAACAAGUAAUAAAAUAAAUAAUAUUGUUUCUUCCUUUUCUGAAUAAAUAUAUAAAUAUAAAUAAAUUUUAAAAUAAAGUAUAAUUUUUUGUACAAAUCCAUACCUAAGAAACUACUUUCUGUAAUAAGUUUCAUACUCAAUAUAUUUCUCUCUCUCCUCUCCCCCCCCCUCCCCAUUUUUGGUGAUGACAAACCUGAUUGAUUCAAAAUUGUCCCCGGGCUCAGUAGGCUCCGCUGACAGUACCUGGGUCAAGGAGUAACUAAGUCUUUUUUUUCCUUCUAAGCUUUCUCGAAUGCUUAAAUUUUACGUGGUGGUGAUGAAGGUGAUGAUAACGUUAUGAAUCCAAUUACCUUCUUUUUAGUUUUUUUCAUUUACCUUCUUACAGUAGUUAUAUACAGUACAUUUGUUUUUGCGAUGAUGUGACAAAACAGCAAGCUGCAAUGAUAAUACUUAACCCUCUGCAAAUUUUACAAUCAUCAUACGAUGAUGUAACAAAACAGCAAGCUGUAAUGAUAAUACUCAACCCUCUGAAAAUUUUACAAUCAUCAUACGAUGAUGUGACAAAACAGCUAGCUGCAAUGAUAAUUAAUUCCUGUGCGUGCAGUUGACAGAGCCAUUUCUUUACUUCCACUUUAACAAUAACUUCUUUCUAUAAAUAAAUUUUCCUUAUUCCGGGCUCGGCCUGACUCCAGCCGACAGUACCUGGUUUCCGGAGCGGCAUUAUGACUGUCCAUGUCGGGCUUAACGAACUAUAUUUUCAUUCUAUUUUUCGUUUGUCCUAGGCAUGCUGACGAGCCCUGACAUUGGGCGAAACAGUCUAAAAAUGAUUUAUGCUAACGAAAUACAUUUAAGUUGUCAUUCUUUUUCUAUUUGAAGUGUUUAUGCUGAGCUGCGGCGUUUAUGAGAAUGUUUCGUUUCUGUUAUCAAGGUCUAAAACGUCUGCAUACGAGGUUGUUUUUUGUCCCCGUUUAAGCCUAUUUCAGGGUUCGCAAAGCCCGUUUUAGCGAAAGCUUCUGGGGCUCCGCCCCUAACCCCGCUUGGGGGGCUUACAGCGCCCCCCAAGACCCCCAGCUGUAUAUUCAAAUUUUCUUAGUAGGUCAUGAUGCUGCGCAUCAUGACCUACAAAGAAAAUUUGCUAGAUCCGCCCCU